CUCUCCUCCGACUUGUACUCUCUUUAUUAUGACUUCCCUCCGUCCGAAUAUCAUUCUCCUCAAGCAGGGUACUGAUUCCUCUCAGGGUAUUCCGCAGAUUAUUUCUAACAUAAACGCUUGUGAGGUCAUCGCGGAUAUCGUCCGAACUACGUUGGGUCCGAGAGGUAUGGACAAAUUAAUUCACUCGGCCAAUCGCGAGCCGACUAUCACUAACGAUGGCGCUACCGUAAUGGGGCUCCUCAAUAUCAGCCAUCCGGCGGCUAAGUUGAUGACUGACAUCUCGAAGGCCCAGGAUGAUGAAGUUGGAGACGGCACUACGUCGGUGGUGUUGCUGGCGGCUGAGCUGUUGAAGGAAGCGAAGAUGUUCCUCGAGGAAGGCCUUCCCCCUCGUGCUCUUCUCAAGGGCUAUAGGAAGGCGCUCGAGCUUGCACUGAAUAAGUUAGAAGAGGUGGCCGUCGAUCUGACUGCCAAGGCCCCUGAGGAGAAGAGGGCGAUGCUCGUCAAGUGCGCCGAGACUACUCUCAAUAGCAAACUGGUUAGUGGUCAGAAGAAGUUCUUCUCUGAAAUGGUCGUAUCUGCCGUGCUGAUGUUGGACCAGGAUUCUCUUCCUGUGAACAUGAUUGGGUUCAAGAAGGUCCCUGGUGGUUCCCUCACCGAGUCGAGGCUUGUCGAUGGAGUUGCUUUUAAGAAGACCUUUUCCUAUGCUGGUUUCGAACAGCAGCCUAAGUUCUUCAAACACCCCAAGAUUCUUCUACUCAAUUUGGAGUUGGAGUUGAAGGCGGAAAAGGACAACGCCGAGGUGCGUAUUUCGAACCCCGACGAGUACCAGGAGAUUGUCGAUGCUGAGUGGAACGUCAUUUACGAGAAGCUCGAUAACAUCGCCAAGAGCGGUGCUCAAGUGGUCCUAUCCCGUCUGCCCAUCGGGGACCUCGCCACGCAGUACUUUGCUGAUCGCAACAUUUUCUGUGCUGGUAGAGUUGACCAGGAUGAUAUGAACCGGACUCUACUCGCUGUUGGCGGUUCCGUCCAAACCACAGUCAAUGGUCUUACCGAUGACGUUUUGGGAACUUGUGGAAGUUUUGAAGAAGUUCAGAUUGGCAACGAGCGUUAUAAUAUAUUCCAUCAGUGUCCCCAGUCUAAGAGUGCUACUAUCAUCCUUCGUGGAGGCGCUGCUCAGUUCAUCGAAGAGGCUGAGCGUUCUCUGCAUGAUGCUGUUAUGAUCGUUAGAAGGGCUCUCAAGUGCUCCAAGAUCGUUGGUGGAGGGGGUGCUAUAGAACUUGAGCUUUCACGUUACUUGCGUGAAUAUUCGAGGACGUGUACUGGAGCCGAUCAGGCUGUUAUUAACUACUAUGCUAGGGCGUUGGAGUGCAUCCCUCGUACGUUAGCUAGGAACAGUGGGGCGGACGCUACUGACCUCCUCAAUAAGCUCCGAUAUAAGCACGCUGAAGGACUACCUGGACGAUGGUAUGGUGUGGACUGUUACAAUUGUGAUAUCACUGAGACUGUUGAGAACUUCAUUUGGGAACCGGUGGUUGUGAAGCGAAAUGCUCUGGCGGCUGCUACUGAGGCAGCUUGUAUGAUUCUGAGUAUUGACGAGACUGUCACCAACCCGAAGUCGGAACAGCCAGGUGGCAAGGGUGGUAAAGGAGGCAGGCCUAUGGGGAAGGGCAUGGGUCGUCGAUAGAAGACUUCCUAUACGUAUAGCUGUGUUAAUGAGUUAAUAAACACCUUUUCAAGUGCGCCGACGA